AUGCGCGUGUUGAGUGAUCUGCAAAUGCAGAUUCAACACUUCACACAAGGAACAUGUGUCUAUGCACAAAUACGGUACUCCAUUCCGGAGGAGAUGAGGAAAGGCUCGCUUAUUGGGAAUAUCGCGAAUGAUCUCGGCUUGGAUGCAAGAAGGCUGCAGUCAGGAAGAGCUCGUAUCGUCAAAGGAGACAGCCUACAGUAUGCUGAGCUGAAUUCAGACAAAGGGGUUUUGGUUGUCAGUGAAAGGAUAGACCGCGAGGAGCUUUGUGGCGAUACGACUCCGUGCAGUUUCACCUUUGAAAUUAUCCUCGACAAUCCUAUGGAAUUACAUCACGUCACGGUUGAAAUAUUGGAUGUAAAUGAUCAUGCUCCAACUUUUCAGAAAGAUAAAAUUAAUCUGGAGAUCAGUGAAUCGGCCACGCCAGGAGCGCGCUUUUUGCUGGGCAGCGCAGAGGACCUUGACGUCGGGGUAAACGCACUGCAAAAUUACAUUCUGACUGAAAACGAUAACUUUGUUCUUAAACAGCAUGCUCGCCCGGAUGGGAUCAAAUAUGCUGAGAUGGUGUUACAGAAGCCAUUAGACAGAGAGCUGCGUCCACAGCUGUCUUUAACUCUCACAGCUGUGGAUGGAGGAGACCCCCCGAGGUCUGGCACUCUUAAUAUUAAAGUGACUGUACUAGACGCUAAUGAUAAUGCACCUGUAUUUAACCAGUCGGUAUACACUGCGUCAGUAGUCGAAAAUGCACAGAGAGGCACAUAUAUAACCACGGUCAAUGCAAGUGAUGCAGACAGUGGUGCAUAUGGUUUGAUUAAUUACAGUUUUGCAAAUCUUAAAGGGAAUGUUGCUACGAUCUUUUCAAUUGAUGAGGACACAGGUGUGAUUUCCGUUAUAGGAGAUCUCGACUACGAAAAGGUCAAGAAAUAUGAAAUUGGAAUCGAAGCGAAAGACCAAGGUGGUUUAGGGGACUCCAGCAAAGUGAUAGUUGAAGUGAUUGAUGUAAAUGACAAUGCUCCUACUAUAAAUGUCAUGUCUUUUUCAUCACCUGUGUCAGAAGAUGCACCCCUUGGCACAUCAAUUGCAAUACUCAACGUCAAAGAUAUUGAUUCGGCGGAGAAUGGAAACGUGGAGUUAAAAUUAGAUCAAAGUAUCACUUUUAAACUGAAAUCCUCUUUAAGAAAUUAUUAUACAUUAGUUACUGAUGCUCUUUUAGAUCGCGAGCGUGUGUCAGAAUACAAUAUCACAGUCACGGCCACAGACUCAGGCUCUCCUCCACUUUCCAGCCAAAAAACAUUAACCCUUAAAGUGUCUGAUGUUAACGACAACGCUCCCAAGUUUGCCCAGAGUGUAUAUGAAGCUUAUUUUUUAGAAAAUAACCCUCCAGGCGUGUCCAUCUUCACAGUUAGUGCUCGAGAUAACGACUGGAGCCAAAACGCACGGAUAUCUUAUCUUUUAGACGAAAGUGCAUGGGGCGGAAACCCCGUAUCGUCAUAUAUCUCCAUAAAUGCGGAGAGUGGAGCUGUUCAUGCAGUUCGGUCUUUCGACUAUGAGCAGAUGAAAAAAAUAAAAGUUUGUGUCAAAGCCCAGGAUGGAGGGUCCCCUCCUCUUAGCAGCAACGUGACACUGAACAUUAUUAUCCAGGAUCAGAAUGAUAACGCACCUCAAAUACUCUACCCAGUGCAAACAGGUAGCUCUGUGGUGGCUGAAAUUGUGCCUCGUUCAGCAGACGUUGGCUAUCUGGUCAGCAAAGUGGUGGCUGUCGAUGGGGACUCUGGACAGAAUGCCUGGCUCUCAUAUAAGCUGCAUAAAGCUGGAGACAGGCCGCUGUUUGACGUGGGCGCACAGAAUGGAGAGAUCAGAACUGUGCGCCAAGUGACUGAUAAAGAUGCUGUGAAACAGAAACUCACUGUUGUAGUGGAGGACAACGGACAGCCCUCUCGCUCAGCUACAGUCAAUGUGAACGUGGCAGUGGCAGACAGCUUUCCUGAAAUACUCUCAGAAUUUACAGACUUCACGCGUGACAAGGAUUACAAUGACAACCUGACAUUCUUUUUAGUUCUGGCAUUGGGCGUGGUUUCCUUCCUCUUCAUUUCAUGUGUAGUCGUGAUCAUCUCAGUAAAAAUCUACAGGUGGAGACAAUCUCGCCUCUAUCAUUCCAAUCUACCGGUGAUUCCGUACUAUCCUCCGCAGUACGCAGACGCAAGCAGAACAGGAACUUUACAGCACGUCUACAAUUAUGAGGUGUGCAUGACGAAUGACUCUCGGAACAGUGACCUGAAAUGUAUACGGCCCGUUAGUCAGAGUCUGGUUAGCAUCGACGCAAGUGGCAGAGACACUCUGAGGCUAGCACAGAAAGCAGCAUACCUAUCUGAUUCACCUGAAGAGAUAAUCGUUUAA